AUUCUCUCGUAUCGCGGUUUUAAGCUAGCUAACGUUAGUACGUAAGCGAGCAAAGACGAAACGAAAACAAAAACUACGUAGACUGGAGGAAGCUAACAGAAAUAAAUGGAGUUUCUGGCGGCUGAGCGCCGCUGGGGGGCGCCUUUCUCCUUUGAUGUCCGACAGAAGAGAUGUCCUGUCUUCUGAUGUAACUCUAACCUGGAUAUAUCACCAGCUACCGACAACACAGAGAAGCCCAAACACCGGACACAACGGCCAUGCAUUGGGAUGAUGGAGGAGCAGCAGCGGGACAGAUAGGCGGACACACCGGGGAUUGAACGCUCCGUGUGGGGGGAUAACAGGACGGCCAGCGCUCACAAUCCACUAAAAUAUACACACCAUCACCGACGCUAUCGUCAGGCUUCUCUGCACUGCGAUGUGAGCUGGGGGAAAUACACCUUUAACUGACAACAGCGAUGUUGCAUUCAGGCUUUAUGUGGCGAUCCAGCUGAAUAAUCGGGACCGCAGAUAAACUCAGAGCUGCAGGAAGAAGUCGUGGAAACCAUCGCUGGAGAUGGACUGCAGGUGUGAAUAACGAUGACUCCCAUCCUCGCUGUUUGAACAUGCUGCUCGGGUAGCGGAGCCGAUCGAGAGGAGCGUCUACCCUGUUGCACUCCUUCCCCUCUGGACACACACACACACACACACACACACACACACACACACACACACACACACACACACACACACACACACACACACACACACACACACACACACACACACACAGUCGGCCCAAUUCAAGCACAACCAUGCUGAUCAAGGAGUAUCACAUCCCCAUGCCGAUGAGUGUGGAGGAGUACCGCAUUGCUCAGCUCUACAUGAUUCAGAAAAAGAGCAGAGAGGAGAGCUGUGGCGAGGGCAGCGGCGUGGAGAUCCUGGAGAACAAGCCUUACGAGGACGGCCCCGGGGGCUCGGGUCAGUACACACACAAGGUCUACCACAUCGGAAAACACAUCCCGUCGUGGUUCUGUGCCAUUCUGCCUCAAGCUGCCCUCCGAGUGGAAGAGGAGUCCUGGAACGCCUACCCCUACACACGAACCCGGUAUACCUGUCCCUUUGUAGAGAAAUUCUCUAUAGACAUUGAGACGUAUUAUAAACCAGAUACCGGAAAUCAAGUGGACGUCUUCAAUAUGUCUUCUGCUGAAAAGAGACAGAGGACUGUAGACCCCAUAGACAUCGUUAAGGACUACAUCCCUCCUCAUGAGUACCUGGCGGAAGAAGACCCUAAACUGUAUCAGUCCGUCAAAACCAAACGGGGUCCGCUGUCAGACGACUGGAUCGAGGAGAUCAACCAGAAUCUGGGUGAAUGUCCCGUCAUGUGUGCCUACAAGCUCUGCAAAGUGGAGUUCAGAUACUGGGGCAUGCAGUCCAAGAUCGAGCGCUUCAUACACGACGUGGGUCUGCGUAAGGUGAUGGUUCGAGCCCACCGGCAGGCGUGGUGCUGGCAGGACGAGUGGUACGGCCUGACCAUCGAGGACAUCCGGCUGCUGGAGCUGGAGACCCAGCUGGCUUUAGCUAAGAAGAUGGCCCAGUACAGCCUGAAUGAAGAGGGGGGAGCAGAGGCCGUCAGCCAGGACCAGGAGCAGGGAGCUGAGGCCGUGGGAUCGGCUGCAGAGGCGGAAGGAGGCGGAGGGAAACUGGGAGACUCGCUGGAGACACGAGGGGAGCUCACCAAGCAGUGGUCAACGUCCUCUCACUCAUCCAACAGGUCAACUAAGAGAGGCGGGAGUCCGUCUCACCAGAGCAUUUCAGAGUGGAGGAUGCAGAGCAUCGCCCGAGACUCGGACGACAGUACAGACGAUGAGUUCUUUGAUGCUCAUGAGGACUUUUCUGACAACGAGGAUAUGUUUGCCAAGGAGAUCACCAAGUGGAGCUCCAACGACCUGAUGGACAAGAUAGAAACAACCGAGGCAGAUGAAGCACAAGAAACGUUGUAUCAGGAGUCGGGCGGGGAGUACGCCGUGAUGAGUAAUGAGGAGAGGCAGAUGGAGGACUGUUUGUCUCAGCAGUGUCUUCAAUCGUCCAAAACUCACGUCCUCGUUCUGGUCCUGCACGGAGGCAACAUUCUGGACACUGGCUCUGGUGAACAGAACAGCAAGCAGGCAGAUGUUAACACGCUGAGUGGAGCCUUUGAGACCGUGAUGAGGGUCCAUUACCCAGCGACGCUGGGCCGUAUCGCCAUCCGGAUGGUCCCCUGUCCUGCUGUCUGUGUCGACGCAUUCUCACUAGUCUCCAAUCUCAGCCCCUACAGCUACGACGAGGGCUGCCUGUCCAGCAGUCAGGACCACAUCCCUCUGGCUGCUCUGCCCCUGUUGGCUACCUCGGCGCCCCAGUACCAAGACGCCGUAGCAUCCGUCAUCUUAAGAGCCAAUCAGGUGUAUAGUGACUUCGUCAAGUCUGUAGAAGGAGCGUCUUUUAAUGGCCAGGUGUGUGUUAUCGGGGACUGUGUCGGAGGUAUCCUGGGGUUUGAUGCUCUGUGCAGCAGCUCGGUGACUGUGUCAGAAAGCCAAAACAGCAGCAGACGGGGCAGCGCCAUCAGUGUACAGGACACAGACCUUCUCUCUCCAGGUAUCGUCGUAAACAGCAUCUCUCCUUCCACGCCGUCCCUUGAAGGAAGCCGCCAUCUCAGCCGCAGCAACAUCGACAUCCCUCGCUGCUCGGGGCCCGACGACCCCAAGAGACAGCUCCCACGCAAGCGCAGCGACUCCUCCACGUACGAGCUGGACACCAUCAAACAUCACCAGGCCUUCCUGUCCAGUCUCCACUUCAGUGUGCUCCACGGGGAGCCCGGGUCACGGCGUUCCAGCGGCAGCACGAUGCUGGAAGGAGGCUCUUUGGGAAAGUUUGACUUUGAGGUGACUGACUUCUUCAUGUUCGGCUCCCCUCUGGGUCUGGUGCUCGCACUGAGGAAGACUGUGGUGCCCUUGUUAGAUGUGUCUGCUCUGCGUCCGGCCUGUCAGCAGGUUUACAACCUGUUUCAUCCAGCCGAUCCCUCGGCCUCCCGCCUCGAGCCUCUCCUGGAAAAGCGGUUCCACCUGCUGCCUCCCUUUAGUGUCCCUCGUUACCAGCGCUUCCCUUUGGGCGAUGGACACUCAGCUCUCUUGGUUGAGACCGUGCAGAGUAACCCUCAGCUUCUGAUGGAUUCUAUUGGUGCAGUUUCUCACCGCUGUCAGGACAGCACCGUCAAUGAGACCUCCAUCCCUGUGCCCGUCCUCAACUGGCAGCUCCACACAGACGCGGAUUCUCUUCACUCGCAUAUUUUUGUGGACGGCCAGACCACAUCACCGGGGGUCCCUCACCUCCGCUGCCACCGCAGGGCCAGCGAGGCCAGCAUAGCCAGCCAGGUGUCGGGCUUAGCUGACGCUUACAACGCCUCCAACAUCGCCACCACACACAAACGUGAAGUCAGCCUGCUGUCCCAGCUGGCUCUUCCCUACAAUAGAUUUGUCUCUCGGAGCUCGUCUCUGCGGUCGCGAAAGACUAUCCGUCAGGUGUUCCUGAAACCCAACGGUGUGGCGCGUGAGCAGAGCUCAGACGUUAGCUCUGACAUGACCUCUGACCUCACCGAUGUCACGUCUGAGACAGACGUCAGCUCGGCACCCCCGUCACCAGGGGUGCUGAAGAACAUAGAGCAAGUUGCUUCUCGGUGGUGGGGCAGUAAGAGGAUGGACUACGCUCUGUACUGCCCUGAUGCCCUGACAGCGUUUCCGACUGUGGCUCUGCCUCAUCUCUUCCAUGCCUCCUACUGGGAGUCCACAGACGUCGUCUCCUUCUUACUCAGACAGGUAAUGAGACACGAGAACUCCAGCAUUUUGGAGCUGGAUGGUAAAGAAGUGUCUGAAUUCACUCCGUCCAAACCUCGAGAGAAGUGGCUCCGCAAGAGGACUCAUGUUAAAAUAAGGAACGUGACAGCUAACCACCGAGUGAACGACGCCGUGUUCACGGAGGACGGAGCCCAGAUGGUGAUGGGGCGUUUCAUGUACGGCCCUCUGGACAUGGUCACCCUCACUGGAGAAAAGAUUGACAUCCACAUCAUGACCCAGCCUCCCUCUGGAGAGUGGGUUUACUUCAGCACAGAGCUCACCAACAGCAGUGGACGGGUCUCUUAUGUGAUCCCUGAGAGCAAAAAGCUGGGUAUCGGAGUGUAUCCAGUCAAAAUGGUCGUCAGGGGCGACCAUACAGUUGCAGACAGCUAUCUCUCUAUUGUUCCACGAGGAACAGAGUUUGUUGUAUUCAGUAUCGACGGGUCAUUUGCUGCCAGUGUGUCUAUAAUGGGCAGCGACCCAAAGGUUCGAGCUGGAGCUGUGGAUGUGGUGAGGUACUGGCAGGACUUGGGCUAUUUGAUAGUAUACGUAACGGGUCGUCCUGACAUGCAGAAGCAGCGUGUGGUGGCCUGGCUCUCUCAGCAUAACUUUCCUCACGGCAUCGUCUCAUUCUGCGACGGGCUGGUUCACGACCCGCUCCGACACAAGGCCAACUUCCUCAAAGGCCUCAUCAACGAGGCCCACAUGAGGAUCUUUGCAGCCUACGGCUCCACCAAGGACAUAUCUGUGUACUCAACUAUCGGCUUGCCUCCGUCACACAUCUACAUAGUGGGAAGGCCCACGAAGAAAUUGCAGCACCAGUGUCAGUUCAUCUCGGAUGGCUACGCUACCCACCUGUCCCAGCUGGAGUACAACCAGAGAUCGCGUCCUGCCAAGUCUGGUAGCACCCGCAUGGUCCUCCGCAAAAGCAGCUUUGGGAUGGGUGCAGCCGGAGGAGACUUCCUUCGCAAGCGCAAUCACAUCUUUCGCACCAUCUCUCAGCAGCCCGGAGGGGCGGGCUCGGCCUCUACGAACCAGCCGGGGCGGACCGAGCGAACCCUGAGCCAGUGCGAAAUGGAGCGGGAUCGAGGGGUCGGGCCAGCAACCCAAAGGAGCAUGAGUAUAGCCGCAGGGUGCUGGGGCCGCAGCGGGAGCGCCAAGGAGGGCAGCGGAGGGUUACUCGGCCCGAAAUAAGGUUUGAGGUGGAGCUGUGGUGUUAAAGGACCCGGCCUGAACCACCACGAUCUCUGGAUUGGACACAGAGAGAAGGGUGGAAGAAGACGAAAUGGAUGUAGGGUUUGUAUUUUAGAAAUUAAAAAGGGACAGAGACGGGAUACAGCAUGAACGACACACUUCUGUAGCAUGACUCUUUUACAGUAAUACUUUUAUAGGAUACAUCAUUAACUAUUCAAAAAAGCUGACGAGGAAGGAUUAAAUGAAAUAUUGUAAGCCUUAAACUAAUCUUGUAUAACGGGACCCCACCUCCCCUUUCCAAACACACACAUAAACGACACACUGUCCAAGCAUUCACACUCUCAUGAGCUCAGGACAAACUGCAGAGCCAGAUUCAUCUUCAAACAGCCGAGCACGUUAACUGGCAGCCGUGGCAAAGAGCCGAUGGCUUUCACGUCUGAUUCUGUCCCACUGUCAGCCAGGCGACAACAUGUUUCAAACACAACAACUCGCCUCCGGAAACGACUGGCAAUAAGUACGGAGUGCCGAAUACAGAGUCAGUUCAUCCAAAUUACAAAAAAAGACCAACAUAUAUUCUCACUUACCUCUCGUGGUACCUUUCCAUGCGGGUAGUUUUGGUUUUGUUUGUCCAGGAUUCGAUAUGUCAGAGAUGACUGCCUCAUUUUCUUGCUGUGAGCACCACAAUUGCAUUCAGGUGGAGACAGACAUCUUAGACCAUUGGGCACAUAAAACCAAAAUUGUCUGCAUGGCUAGAUACAAUCAGAGGUAAGUGAGAAAAUAUGCAUUUUUAUGUAGUUUGGGUGAACUCAUCCUUUUAAAAACCUGGGAGCUGGAUUUAAAAAUCAUGAAAUAUAAUCCUCUUGAAUUAUCAGAUGUGAAAGUACUUCUUGUCUUUGUCACAGAACAAUUUUGUUCCUCACUAAUAUGCUACAUGUGUUUAAAUACAUAAUGCUAGUUUUUAUUCCCCGUGUGUGUGUGUGUGUGUGUGUGUGUGUAUGUAUGUGUGUGUGUGUGUGUACUCUGUAGUAUUAUCCCUUUCAGUGUGGCCUCUGGGCCAUCCAAGGCCUUAAUAUCCAACAACACACUUGCUCCACCGAUGGAACAGACCGCAGACAAACAGGGCAUGCAGCAUUAAAGCAACUGAAACUCUGUACAGUCCACAGCAACAAUCCCUUUAUAUAUUCAUCUGCUUGCAAUACCUCUGAUCCACCUGUUGGUGGUGUUCUGUUCCCCACACGUGCUGCUGCUGCUGCUGGGACAGAUGUGUUCCCCGGCUUUUUGCUCUUUCGGACGGAUGGGGGAUUGGAUGUUAUGUUUCUGCUGAGGAGCCUGCUUCAUUUCAGGCUGGAUGCCAGGAGGGAUGGAGACAGUAUUCCCUUACAGCUUUCACUUACAGAGACCUGUUAAUCUUUCAGUAUUUUUACCAAACGGACUGAAGAAUGGGCCGGUAGUGAUUCAGCAUGAAUGUUGAAAAGACUGGAUCGAUCCUUUCGCUGGUGAAUGUGGAGAAAAUCACUGGUGCCCUCGUGAGCGCAAACAUCAUUUUGUUGCUUCUGUCUACUAAACUGUAUAUUUUCAUACAAAUGGGAUGUAGAUGAAGAGGAAGAAGCCACCUUACAUCUCCAAUCAAAAAACUAAAACAUUGCGCACAAAAUAGUUUCCAGUGCUGAUGCCACCCUCCCUCAUUAAAGGAUAGGUUCGCAGUUUUUCAAGUUUUAAAACAAUAGUGAAGGUAUAUUAUUAACAGUUGUUCCUUCUGUUUCUACUCACCAUUACAUCAUCUCUAAUGUGCUUCCAGUGGAAGUGAUGGGGGACGAAAUUGUUCUGUGUAAGAACUUAUUUUUGUAUGAAGUUAAUAUGAAGGUUAAGCAGAGUGAGUUAGUCAAAUCAAGUGGAAAUCUAUAGACUUUUUAGUAUGAAAUCAGAUCAGCUCACAGUACUGAGUCAGCUCUGCUAACAGAAACAGAAAACUCCCCCCUUCCUCCGGAAAUCAUGUCAUUUUUCAUUUUUGAUACUCUCGAGCCGCCUCUUGCCGUUCCUUGAAUUUGUCCGACGAUUCCGGCAUCGGCCCCUUACCGACAGAAGUUCCCGAACCUCGUCGUCUCUCCAGUUGAGACAUAUUCGUUGCCUUUUUUUCGUGUAAAUCACCCUCCUCAGUCAGGAGAAACUUCAUCAACGCGCCCACUCGCUCGCUGUAAAUUCCCACACUUUUUGGGCUCAUUUGGAGAUCACAAGAACUUUGUACUUGGGACCUGGCAGGGUAAAGACUUGAUUCGGACAUUUGCGUUCUCACAUACAGCUCCGCCGGGUAAUGUCUAGAUAGGUUCGGGUUUUGCAGUGCAUGUGUAAAAGGGGCAUUAGAUAACUUUAGAUUACUGGAUUUAGUCCCCCAUCACUUAGAGUGGAAGCACAGCAGGAAGGGAUCUUUUAAUGGCCAGUAUGAACAGGAGAAAUGAUUAAAGCAAGCAAAAACUGUAAUGUUUCAAUGUUCAAAUGGGCACCUGACGUGACUAUUGUUGUAAAAACGACUUGAGAAAUGAAGAACCUCUUCUUUUAAGCUUUUGGAUGUGUGGAGCGGUUGUACCUUUUUAAUUUUACUAUGCUGUUGUUUUAUUUAUGCCCAACUUCCACGCCACACAGGAGUGUCUGUUUCCACUCUGUGUGUGAUGAGCAAUGUCUUCAACCCAACACGAAAGCCAAAAUCAUUCUCUAAAUACUGUAGUUAAUCAACUGUGUAACCUCAUUGUUGUUUUUUGCACUAGUUUACGGUGGAAAUAUACUGUAGUUACCAUCUCGUGUUGCUACAUUUGGACACCUCUGUAGUGCAUGACACAUUUUGUUCAUUUCAGGGUAUACUGUAUGUGCAGAUAGGCACACGUCUGUACAUUUUGUCAGAAUAGGAAAACAAUGUAAGUACACGUGCCAAACGGUAAACCGGCCUAGAGAAGUAUUCAGACCAGGGGUUUUCAACGUGUGACACCUCCGUCCUCAUGUUAUUACCAUUUUUCUUACUUCUAUUUGAAGUAUCGUCGUGCUCUAAGUUUCGGAGCUUCAGUUCCCACAAUGCUUUGGGAGAUGUAAACAGGACGCACGAGUUAUGCUGUAAGCUACAGCUUGAGCUUCAUUUUUUUUAAGCUUAAAUUUGUUUACAUUUUGGCAAUUAAAAGUAUGCCGGAUUAGCUAUUAGCACUUCCUGUCAGUAAUGUACCCACAGAUGUACAGACAACUAUCACUGGGUUACAUUAAGGAAAACCUGAUGAUUUUCAGGCAACUUCUGAAGUUAUAAAGAAGCGGCUUUUUUCUGUGAUUUCUAAGCAUACUUAUGAAUGUUAAUUGGCAGAGGUCCACUGGAAGUGGAAGUCAGACUGAAUCUAAAGAUAUGUGUAUUAUGUUUUUGUGUUAAGAUUUGAGAAGAGUUAUGACUCCAAGAAUGAGUAUGAGUUAUGGCGCAAUUUGCGACAACUGGGCACUAAGUGUUUUAGUGUGCUUUCACAUGGGGGAAAAACAUUAGACCCUGUAGCAUUUAUCAGCCGUUUCGGUUCCUCUGGUCCAAAUCAAUUGAUGAGUUGGUGAAACGAACCAAAACACAGCAAAACAAGUCACGUGAGAACAUUCACAUCAUCGACCGGAUGUGUCUUUGAACGCGUUUCCUAAACUGCUCUUGGAUUGGUCGGACUUAACAUGCGGGAAAAUUCCAACGGAACUCGUGGAAGUUGACAAAAAGAGGAGAAAAGUCAGAAGACAACACGCCACUUUUGCAAGUCUUGCUAUGGAGAGACAACUAGCCCUGGUCAUCGUAGCACAGCGCAGCUGACUACGGCAGCUGGUUUAGUCCAAAAAUGCGCAGUUCUUCCAGCAGUUGGGUCUGUUCGAGAUCGGAUCACGUUCUUACCACAAACUAACCGCUCCAUGACCGUUGGGUCCGCUUUUGGUGCGCAUCCGAGUGUGAUUGCUGCAUUCACACCUGCCCAAACGGACCGCACCAAGGGGGGAAAACAAACUCUAGUCCGAUUCAACCGAACUAAAUGCUGUGAAAGCCUCCUUAAAGUACCUUUUAUAGCCUCCAUGAGUUGUGUGCCACAACCCCUGCUGCAGCAGUUGCAGACAAAACUACGCUAACUAACUUCCCAUUGUUUUCUGAACACCUGCAUGCACCGGUCUCUUUCAUCUCGCCCAUUGUCUUUCCCCCCCUGGGAGGCGGCACCGUUUGAAAACCCCUGAUUUAGACCGUAACCAGCCUUCUAUUAUAGUCAGAAGGGGAGAAGUGUACUGGGAGCAUUUACUUACUGCUUUGGCUGGACUUUGAUGCUUUUUGGUGACUAGGCUAUACCUUUUUUUAAUAUAAUGUUGUCCAUGUCUGAGAAAGAAAAGUGGCUUUGACAGAAAACUGAAGGUGUCUUUUUUUAAUCUUUGAAUUGUGAGCAGAGGCCGAGCAUGUUGCUGUAAUCGUGGACAAUAGGCUCUUUAGGUCAUUGACUUUUAAAUUGAGUUUCUGUUGUGCUGUGGGGUGGCAGAUUUUUGGCUACAAACACAUUGUUCCCCUUUUUAGCCGAUUGGCUGCUGAGUUGAAUGUCCCCUUUUGGAUUCUGAGACUGUUGUUCAGGAGCCGUGGCUGUGUCCGUGUACAUACUGUACAGAUGUAUAUGUAGGAGUUAUUUAUUUACAUAAAGAUCAUGAUGCUACUCUGGAAAUUUCAGGUGAAAUGUAUUUGAAAAUAUGUAGCAUUUUAUUUGUCACUUUGGUGGUCAUUAAGACAACGGACCAACACAGAAAGGUUUUUAGUUUUUAGCAGUGUAAUAUUAUCGUUCCAAUCGCAGCCAGGCGAAACCGCUAUCUCAGCAGCUCAACAGCGAGCGCCCACUUUUUGAACGUCUCUGGUUCCGUUAGUGAUUUUCACUAUUCAAUAUAUCCAUUGACGUUCCUUUAAAUGUUUAUAUAACAAGCCUGGAACCAAGCCAACCAGCUACGAGAUGAAUCGUGACCAUAAAAGAUUUGAUUCGCCGCAAAAAUAACAUUUUGAAAACAGCAAAAAAAAAAAAAAGGCAAAAGGUACAACAAGACUGGGUACAGAAACGAUCAGAGACUGCAAUGGUAGCAGCUCGCCAUAGCCACUCGCGGUAAACAUUGCCAUGUUAACAGCGGGCUACCACCAAUCAGAGACGUCGCUGUUGCGCUUAGAAUUGUGGGUAGUGUAGUACUUGUCCUUGACAUCGGGAAUAAAAAAUGUUUUUCUUAAAACAAGGUUGAUUUCAUACAGAUUUGUGGCUUCUACGGGAGCAGAAACUAUCUUUUCACAACCUCAUAGCUCGUGGUCAGUCUACCUCGGAUGGUUUAGACAUUAUGGCUGAUAAUCAAAACCCUUACGGAGAAAAUGAACGUGAUUUUUACUUCCGGAACCACACUGUUGAGCUGUAUUCAAGCUACAGGCAAUCCACAGUCUGAAAUCACACACACACACACACACACACACACCACCUGCAGUUGUGUUUCACACCUCGUGAAAACUAUUUGUAUCUGAUCUACUGUUGACCUCUGCUGUCGCUCUUUACAACAGUCAACUGCUGAGCAUUUUAUAGGACUUACCGUACCUAUUUUUCAAACUGUAGUAUUUUACAAAGCCUUUGAAAUAUAACUGGAGACUGGUUUUUCAGUGAGCAGUGAUGGGUGCAUGAUGAAAAGUGAAACCCCAUAAACGAAGCAGCUCUAUUUAACAAGCUGUUGCAUGUCAUCCAGUCAGAUUGGAAGUACUUAACCUUCAUGCUUAACAAUAAUGCACCAGUUGUCCACUAUGUCCUCACUGUUUAAUGAAAUAUAUAUCAAAACAUUCUGCUGAUUAUAUGUGAGAAUAUUACAAUUUGUUUGCCACAUUUGGAUAAGACGCUUAGAGACCUACAGAGGUUUAUCUUCAGCUCACUUUUAGAGAUUACAUUCAAGUUUGAUAUGCUCUGAUUUUAAAGUAUUUCACUUUAUUUUAACCCUGUUAUUUAGCAUUUAUAAGCCGUACAAACCCAUACACACAUACUGCACUGUAACACAUAACACUGUGUAGUUGUAUAAGCAAUUAUAUAAUUAUUACACUGUAUUUAUUUGGAACAAUUUAAUCUCUUCCUACAGCAGAGCCUUCUCUAAAACGCUCUGAAGAAGGCUUUGUGCCGAAAUGUUGAUUUAUUGUGAUGUUAGCCUAAUUAAAUAAGUAAAAUGACAUUAUUUUGUCCACUUUAACUUAACUUUUUUUUUUUUUAUAACUGACUACAAACAGUGUUACAACCCUUUUAUUCCGUGUUAAUAUUGUGCUUGUAAAUGCUAAAAAAGGGGCUUUAAAAUAAAGUAUUAUUUCUCUGUAUGCUGUUAGCACCUGUAUCCAAAAGGCCAUUACCUCUUCUUACAUGAUUGGAAAGUGUUAUCCUUUUAACUCAUAACAUGAACUGAUAAAAGCACUGUGUGUAGUUGAUUAACAACGCCAGUUAGUUGUUUUCAGACAGAGGAUACAGUAGGUACUAAUGUCUCCUAUAGUUCAUACAUGUGUUCAGGCACAUAUAUGCCCCGGCUCUCUCUCUGCCAUUGUCUGUUCUGUGGAAUAAAUACAAUUGGACGGUAAA